CUGAUCUCAUUACUUGAGGUCUAUCUUUCUCACCUAAAUCUCACUUAUCGCCUACAACAUCAGGUUUCUCUCCCUUCGGAUCUUCAAUUCAGUCCACCGCUUGUGAUAAAUUUAUACGACACAAGAGCGUUUAAACGGCAACCUCUUAUUGGCGUUUGUCAUAUCAUGGACUUUGCAAAAUAUACUCGGAUACCUUCAAAAAAGAAAGUGGAAGAAGAAAAGUCCGAUUGGGAUGAAUAUGAGAAGCACAUGGAAGAGGAAGACGCUGCGUUGGCAGCUACUCCGCUCAUACCAUCGCUUCGUAAGGAAGAUAUGCCGAAAUUGGAUUGGUGGAGCAAGUAUUACGCUUCGGAUGGCCAUUACGAGAAAGCGCCUGGAUUUGAAGAAUCAGGGAUAGAAUAUCUAACGAUUUUCAAGGAGCCACUUGAAUGCGUUAACAACUAUAAUGGUUUCCAAGAUUUUUUGGAUACUUUCACCUUUGUGAAAAGCUCAAUGGGAAAUUUUGACGAUCCUGAAGAAAAAGAGAAAACUGGUGAACUCAAAGGAAAAGUAUUUAUUACCCGUCUGACAGAGGAAGAUGGUGAUGAUGCAAUUCUUGAGCCACCUGGAGUUGAAUUUCUCGGCACGGUGAAGUGCCUUUUACGAGUAUACAUAAUUGAAGCAAAGGGGCUGGUAUCUCAACGAAAAAAUGGCAUGUGUGAUCCAUAUAUUGUAGUGAAGUGUGGGAAACAAAAGGUUAAUUUGAAGAAGAACUACAGACCAGAUACGUUAGAACCUAUAUUUGGAGAACUCGUUGAAAUGGAAAUUACCAUUCCACUUGAAAAGGAUUUAGUAGUGUCAAUUAUGGACAGAAGGAAGCUGCUUUCUGGUGGGUUAUAA